AUGAAUAAAGUGUAUAUUGGUCGUAUAUUAAGCUCAUCUGUUAUAAGAAAUUUAAUAUUUAGAGAUAUUAAAGAGAUUAAUGAUACACUUGAUCGAAAUCUUAAUAGAUAUACAUGGAAAGAUCUAGGUUGUUUCCCUACUCAACUUCUCAAAUAUAACUAUAUAGAGAGAUACAAAGGGAUAUUGACACAUCUGUUGAAUGGUGGAGAAGCAAAUUACAAAGUGGUCGAUUAUCAGUUGGAUUUCAUAUCGCUCUACAUUCGAUCUCUUGAAACUGUUGCCGCACUUGGAAAUCUACAUCUACUGCAGUUCUUGCUUCCAUUGUUAAGACCACCAAUCAUUGAAAGAAAGAUAGAUCUAAAGAUAGUUCUGACAAAGGCAAUCAAACAUGGGCAUCUCUCAAUAGUUCAGUUCCUUCACGAUCAAAAUAUUGAUAACCUAUUCACCCCGGAAACAAUGAAUUUUGCUUCUUCUACUGGCCGACUAGAUAUUGUCAAGUUUUUGAAUGAGAAUAGAAGUGAAGGAUGCACUAGAGAUGCUAUGGACAGUGCUGCGAUCAAUGGCCAUCUCCAUAUCGUAAAGUAUCUCCACUUUAAUAGAAGUGAAGGAUGUACGACCAAUGCAAUCGAUUGUGUUAAAGAUUUGGAUACUCUUGUAUUUCUUCAUAACAAUCGUAGCGAAGGAUGUACUGGUUUGGCAAUUGACUUUGCUUCAAGAGAUGGCAAGUUCGAGGUGGUCCAGUUUCUCAAUGAAAAUCGAAGUGAAGGUUGUUCUGAAGAUGCAAUCAACAUGGCUGCUAACUAUUCACACUUUGAUAUUGUAAACUAUCUUCUCGAUCACCGACAAGAAGGUUGUAAUGAAAGAGCAUUAAUAUCAACCGCCAAGAAUGGUAAUCUCGAGACACUAAAGAAACUGCGAUCUAAAGUAAACCUUUUCGAUGGCUCUCAAGAUAUUCUGGACAGAGCUACCAGUCUCGCGGGAAACUUACCGGUUGUCAGAUACUUGCAUGAACAUACAUUAAGUGGCUGUUCUACUGCUGCAAUGGACGUGGCUGUAAUGUAUCAAAAUCAUGAUAUUGUUAGAUUCUUGCAUGAGAAUAGAAGUGAAGGAUGUUCAAAGCGCGCUAUGAUCUAUGCGAUUCAAAACAACGAUAUGGAGAUGGUUAGAUUUCUCAAUGAGAAUCGAACGGAAGCUGCAUCUACCGAAAUGUUUAAAGAUACUGCAAUCACUAUCAGUUAUGAGAUGUUCGAGUAUCUUAUCAACCAAACAAACAUUCCUCUCCCAAGUCAUUUAGUGGAUCGCUUUGCUGGCAAUAAGAGUGAUCAAAUUCUCAGUUGGUUACUAUCGAAUAAGAAAGAAGAAUUCACAUCGGAUGCAUACCUGUAUGCAAUUAAAAAUAACAAAACGCUAUCAAGGGUUAUUUGGUUAAAGAACAAUCUACCAGAUCUAAAGUUUGCUGACUGUAUUAUUGAUUUUGCAGCAACCUAUGGAGCAACACUGGAUAUUGUUCAAUAUCUGCAUGAAAAUGGUGGUGAUUCUACCAAAGAUGCUAUGGAUGAAGCUAGUAGACUCAAUCAUCUUUCUAUACUCGAGUUUCUCCAUAACAAUAGAACAGAAGGUUGUUCUGGAGAAGCCAUAGCAAAAGCAAUUAAGAAUGGUAACAUAUCAAUCCUUAAAUUCAUUCACAACAAUCUACAAGAUAGAGCACCCGACAUAUAUAAACAAUCUUUAUAUUAUGCCUAUCCAGAGAGAUUAAAAUAUAUUGAAAUAUAUAACUUUUAUUUUGGUCUUGUUACCAAAUGUUCUACUAAAACGACUUUUGAUGAUAUUGAACUAUCUUUGUUCAAUCAAGUGGAACCGAAAGAUCAAGUUUCCGAGGUACAAGAAGAGUUGACAACCUUUGAAAAAGAUCAAGACCACAGUACACCUUCUUCACGAAACCAAUUAAUCAAGAAAUGUUUGGUUAGAAACAUGAUUCUUAGAAGGACUAUCAAGAGUUAUCUGCCAUUGAUAUAUCUACACUCUGAUCCUAUGCUAACAGAAAGAUAUUCAUUGGACUAUAAAAAUGUUGCAUCGAUGAACAAAGGUAAAGCCCAUGAUGUAAUCAUCAGAUAUAGCGAAUCAUCUUCACGACUUGAAGUACUUGUAGAUUCUGCAUUGGUAUCAACCAACGAUAACGUCAAUCUAUCGAAAUUCAUUGGAUUGGAAAUAAUUUAG